CGAGUAACGAACGCAGAUAUGACACGGCAGCUGAGCAGAGUUGUCACCUCUGUUUCUGAUGUCACACGAAUGAGACGGGUGUGUGUUUUGGUGUACAGCAAGCUCGAUACAUGUGUGUAGUCCAUCGAAAAACUGAUAUGGUCUGGGAUUAGCGGGCAACCUCUGUUCCCCCAACUUGGGGUCCGUUUCGCCGACACCCUUCCUGGGUUUCAACAAGAGACCUGAGGCCCUCUGUGGUGGUUGGGUUGACUUGCGGUCUUGCUUUGCGCGUUACACGCUGCGCCCGUGUUUCUGGCUGAUGGUAUCGAGACAGUGCCUUAUACUAUGAAGGAAAGUGUGUUUAUUUCGCAGUACAAUUUUCGUGAAGUCCGCUGCUCGCGUAGUGCUCGAGUACUCAGGUAGCUCAGGACUUGGCAGCUGCGCAAAAGGACAUCCGAAACCCCGAGAAAGCGCCGUUUUUCGCACCUCGAAAUGAGGCUGCGUGUCUGCCCUUUGGCUUCCCUAGCACAGCCAGCCAGCCUUGUGUCCGGCGCUCUUCAGCUGCGGAGACGAAGAACAGGCUUCGACUCGGCUUGCGAACCAACGAAAAACUAGGAAUAGUCGCAUACGGCGUCAAAAAUGCAACACCGGAAACGGCACUCUGCGCACGACGCUUUGGAACGUCUGGCUCGGGUUUCUGGCUGGCUGUAUAAUAAGAGACCGCGUGUGGCGCGAGGAAUUUUAUUCACGAGGAAACGUAGGAAAGUCUCGCUUCCUCAUUUGCGCUGUUUUACGCCACCAUUCAUCCUGUGAGGCAGAACGGGACAUUUUGCUCCCGAAAAGGUCAACGCCUCUUGACGGAAAAGGGAUUUUUGUGUCUCGCUUCCUGUGGCAUUGCUGGCUUGUGGCUGCAUCUCGGGCAUUCUGCCCGCUGUGGGUGGACGGGCAAUCCCCGUGCUGCGCGCUUUGUCUUGCACGGAACACAGCUUUGAGAGACUUUUCGCCGAGAAAUCAAGACGUCCGCGGUUGUCUUUCUCGGAGGACGGAGCCCUCACUGCACAGGACGUCUCUCGAUCGCAGAUGUCUCCCUCUUCUUCACUGUGAACUUUCGAGGAAUCUCCGCGUUCAUGCGACGUCAUGCACAUACAUCUUGCUGCACGGCUCACUACAGAGGCCUCUCCGGGUCGGUACGCGUGGACCGCGUCGUUUUUCCCUGCUCAUCUGCAAAGCAUUUCUGCUCGAACUGGAAAUUGAGUUCGCAAGGGAAGCUUGGUUUUUUCUUGUUUGUCGAGCGAAAACAUUGGCUGCUUCCGCUGAAGGAUUCGCAGCCGGCAUCUCUUCGGCCGACGUCGAACGGGGGUGAAUCUGCUCGCCCUUGGCGGCAAGCAUGUAGUGAGAGAUGCAUCUUCAAACACAUCCUGGUUCAAUUUCAUCUUUUUUCAGGGUGUCAGACGCCUUUUCCUCUGCGAUUCACGUAGCAUGCGCAAGAUGUGCAAGGAGUGCGCGGCGCAGAAAAGCGACUUCCGGCUCUAGCCAGGGAGGGGGACUCACGCAUUAAAGCUGUUUGUUGAGUCCGAGCUGCCGCACACACUUGGUUUUAUCUCUAGUAAAUGUCACACUUCGAGGUUUGAAACGCGUGCCGACCUCUGGAACUCGAUUCUGUGUAGCCUCAACCCUCGAGGCUCUUCUCUGCUCUGUGUGUUCCCUCCCUUUCUUCAAUCUCUUAACCGUCCCCAGCACAUCGCUUUCAAAUGGCGACACAACUAGGGAGAUCUGCUCCACUCUCAGAGUGUGAGUUUCUUGUCGCUUCCGGUCGUGCACGCGCACCGGGUGACCCUUCUCGGCGAAGCGUUUCUCAGCCUUCCCGCAGAAACGGGAGUUUUCGCGAAGGAUUGGGUCCGCGAAGCCACGACAGAGAACUGGUUGGACACCCAGAUAUCGACAAAUUUCGGUCGACAGCUGGUCCGCAGACUUCCCGCGCUCGAAGUGCGCGAGCGGCUCAGCCCGAGACACUUCCGCGCUUUUACCGGCCGAGUUCGAGGAUGGCGGCCGCCAAGAACGAGACCUCUCGCGAGCUGCGGGGAAAGCCCCCGAGACCGACUUCCACCCUGAAGUACGUGGGAUGCCCGCCGACGGAGCCUCGACUCCGGCCCAAGCGAACUUCAACUGGACUGGAAGAACGCAUGCUGAAGAGCGGCGGGUACGGCGUCCGCAUUCACUGGGACGAGUACGCCGGCUAUCACGUCCACGCGUCUGCUCCGGAAGUGGACCUGAUGCAUGCGGACCAAGUGCUCAUGGUCCGCGAUUCUCCGACACACUCCCGGGAGUCCGACAAGGACGCAGCGGGCUCUCCUCCCGGUGGUCUUUCCGCCAGCCUUUCUCCGGGCAGAAAAGCCACUAAGAAGGCGGGGCCGGUUCACUGCGGCGUUUCCCGACAGUGUAUCCCAGUGUACCAGUUCGCGCCGACGCUGUGUGAGAAGUCGAGAGAAAUCAUCGAUGUUUACCGGAAAGAACGUGUGGCGCAUCUCUGGAAGAAGGUGGACGCCCGCCGCGAAGGCGUCGUCGACUUGUUCCAGCUCGCUUCGCGAGCGCCCAGUCGCAAAACGUCCAAACUCCGCAGCUCUGGGAUGGACGCGAAGUCUCCAGACGACACUGUCUUGUCUAGCGUCGAAGAGCGUUUCGUUCAGGCGUGCGUCAUGCAGUUCGUUCAAAUCGCUGUGAGUCGCACAAGCGCACAACUCGUGAAGGACGGCGCGACUCUUGGGCCGCACUUCGACGACUCGCUCCGCUUCACAACGGCAGGAGCGCAGGGAAGCGAAAAUCCACCGGUCGUCGUGCCGACGGAACAGGCUGUGUUCCCGCAUCCGCAUGCACGGGAUCCGAUGCGCGAAGGACUGCAGCCUGACGCAGAGGCCGAAGGUGCGAAGAUCGAACGCGAAAACGCAACUGCGAUUCAAGCGGCGAAACGCCUCGCGCGCCAACACAACCAGGUGAUCAUGCUGAACGUCGACGCGAACUUGGGGGCUGACGCGUCCGCGACCCCUGCGCUGUUUGUCCCGCGAAAAAAAUUCGAGAGCGUCGCCCUCGAGGCUCUCGCGCACGAGUUCGGAAAUCCCGACAUCGACGUAUUUCGCGACCGCGUCAUGUGCGAGUGCCGGAAACUCGUGGAGAAAGUGAACCCCGAGGAAGCGCAGCGGUUCUUCAAGCCGUACAUUCUCGAGUAUUCGCGGAAACUGGAUGCGCGCCGGCGAAGAGCCAAGGCGCAGGAGAGAGAGGAAAGCGGACGCCGAGCCGCGAGCUUGUCAGCAGACGGCUAUGGGCCGCAAGGCAAAUUCCCGACCGUCGGGCUGAGGCGAGUGGAGAAUCGCUUCGACGAACAGAUUGAACACUACUUGCGAAAGAAGCAGCAGCUGCACCACUUGAAGGAGGCGUUGGACGAAAUGCGAGAGGGUCAGUUCUGCACCUUCCAUCCUGCCGUCAAUCCGUACCCCAAGUACCUCAAGCAAGCCUUCCGUCUGCGGAGAAGCCCAGACGACCCACUCGUGAUUCUCGAACGCUUCUGCGAGCAGUACACCGAGGACAGAGAGUACCCGCGUCUGGUCGAAGCCAUUCGCGAGUGCACCUUCCAGCCCAACAUCCACAAAUUCGUUGCGAAGGAGAAGCAACUCCAGGCGACAGGCGUCGAGGUCUCUCAGGAAAAGGAGAAAGGGAUCACUGUUCCCGGGAAAAGGAUUAAGGAGGCUCACAAACAGACCACGGAGGACAAGCCGGCCGCGAUGGAGAGCCGCGUAGAUCACCUCUUCCAGUCCAUUGAACGACCAUUCGAUCACAUCUUCGCCGCCGAUAUCAACCAGUGGCUCGAGACCGACGCCAACCUCUACUCUUCACAGGAAGACGGCGCUGAGAAACGCAAGAAGCAACGCUGGAAACGGUGGGAAGUCGAGGGACGGGCGCCCCAGUACCGCGGCGCACUGAAGGACCGAAGCCAGCGCGCCUUGCUUACUCAAGACGGUGGAGAGGUCGUCGUUCAACUUGUAGAAGAGACGGAAGAGAGAGCGCCGGUGGUUCUUCCGAGACACCGAACAACGCCGUACAAUGACUGGGUCAAUGGUCUUCGAGGCGGAUAUCUGCCGAACGUGAUGGAUUUCCAAAAGGGUCCAACGGAGAAAGGAGACCGGAAGAAGGCGGAGCGAUUCAACAUGCGCGACUGGAGUCGUCACAUUCGCUUGAGUGAACGCGAAGUCGAGACCCGCAUCAUUCCAAAUGAAGAGAUCAUCGACGCGGUGUGUGAGUCAGAGCUACCCUCUGCAGCUCCACCACCCCCGACGAUCUGGGUCAGACGCCGUCGGUGGGAACCGGCGCCGGAGCGCGGCCCAGAUGCUCCGACAUUCACCGAGGCACACUUCCACACAGGCAGCGAUAGACAAACAGAUCGACUUUUGCCUGCUGGAAAGCCUGCUGCACUUACUCAGCAACAGGCUAAAGAGUACAAGAACCGGUUCGCGUCUUCGGUGGACCCCACCACGUUUGUGGUGCCGACUCCACUGAAACUGGAUCGCCUGCGGCAACAGUAUCGACUCUACAUGCAGCUGAGAAACGGCAUCGAGACCGGUGAGAUCCGGACGCCCCCCAAGGUUGUCACUCUUCGCCGGGAUGUGUUGACGGACCUUGAAAAAGAAGUCAAACGCGAACCGCCGACUCUGGUGCUCGCAGAAACGCGAGACGCUUUCGCCUCCGACACCGUGGAAACCGACAACUCUGUUGACGGCUACGUUUGCGAAUGACGGAAGAAAACGACGGGUGCUCACCACGAGGUGUGGAUUCAGACCGGAUGGCGGUUGUACGUGGUGGACAAAUUGUCAGGUGGACGCCGCUGGAGUAAAACUGUCUUUUCAGAAGCGGCAAGGGUGAGUUGGAGGGGGUUGGUGAAUUUGUGUGUUCUAUCGAGACGCAUGCGACAAAGCGCAGGUGUGUCGGAAUCUGGAGGGGACCGUGUCUUGCGGAACCCCCUCGGUUUACGCGCGAAAAACAGAUGGAAGAACGUGUCGGGAAUCAACUCUACACAGUGAAAGUAAAAGACUGAGCA